GCGCCUGCGCACCUGAGCCCUCCGCGGGCCGGUGGACCGUACCAAUGGUUGCCGGGGCAGGGGUGAGCGCAGAGACCCCCGGAAGUAGGUCCUAGCGCGCCUGGGAUCCCGGAGAUCCUCCCCGGCCUGCCUCUCGCUGGCCGUUUGGUGCGUUCCUGGAGUUCCCGCCAAAUGGGACUCGGUGGGUGGUGGGCGACCGGGCGCUGGGGCUGCGAUGCUACGGGGCUGUGGGUCUUCCCUGAGGGCUGUGGAGCUGCCAGCGGCUACCGUGCGGGGCCGCGCGGGCUAGAUCGGCUUUGCCAGCGCUGUCUCGGCGGGCAUCCGGCCCCACCCCCAGCACCUGGUGUAAGGGUGGCAUUACUGUUUUGCAAGUGAUUGUGUGAGAUCUAGAUCUACCCAACGGAUCUGUUGGGAGUUGGAGAUCUGGAAGCAAUAGCCGAAGUGAUAAAAGCAUGUGGUUUGCUUCUGCUGGCCUGGACCGUGACGCUGUGUUGCAGUCUCUUCAACCAUGAAAUAAGAGCUGAGCCUGGGCUCAUCUCAUUUCCCCAAGGUCCCAAGCAUGUUGGAACCAGAAAAAGUAAAAAAGCCCCCCAAGAGACAAACACCCUCAGGAUCACUGGGGCAGGAGCCCGAUGUAUGUGCCAGCUCCCCUGUGACCAGACCCAGGAGCCCAGCUGCCACCCUGGCUUGUUCUGGCCCCGAGUUCAACACCAAAGCUACCAACACGCCUCACGGACUUGGCAGUGCUGCCAGGGAGGGCCUGCCGGGGACUGAGGUCAAAUCUGAGUUUGUUGAAGUAGAGGUGAAGGCUGCCAGUGGCCACAGAAAGAAGCUCAGACCCUGUGGUUCCCUAAAGGAGCAUGAAAGUGACCUGUCCCUUCUAAGGAGCAGCCCCCACCCACUGCCCAGUGGCACAUUAGUCCCUUUACCUGACCUCGACCAAGUUCUGGAGAGACAGGUAGAAGGUACCUUUGAUUUACCUGCCUGUAAUAGGAAGAGAAAAGCCCAUUCCCUGGGGGGGUCUGGUCUUCACCCAGCUGCCUCCCAGACAAAGUGCAGAGCCAGCCCUGGGCAGAGUAAGCCAAGGAGAGAGCCUGGGGCACGCGGCCUCAAACCUGUCCCUGGGCAGCAGGCCCCUGUGCAGCCUGAGAAGAAGAAGGCAUCCAGACAGAAGGCACAUGGAUGGAAAGAGGAAAGGCAGCCAACAAGAAAGAGGUCGAGGUCCCUGCCGCCCAGCGUGGACCAGACCCUUUCUGCCUCAGCUUGGGGCCAGCCCCUCCCCGAGUCCCCUCAGGUGACGAGUCCUGAGAGGUUGGAUGUAAACCAGGAGGCAAACCAAGCUGCCAUCCUCCUGGCCCAUGUGCCUGGAGAGGUGCAGCACCUGAAGAAGCAGAAGAAAAAGCAUUUGCUUCCUGGCAUGAAGGCGAAGGCAGAGACCCAGCUGAGCCUCCCAAAGCCCCGCUGUUUGAAAAAGCUGGUGAGGGCUAUGAAUGCGGAGACCAGGGGCUUGGCUUCUACCCAGCAUUCCCUGGGCCUCCCGCAGGACACAGGUCCUCAGCCCGCGCUGGACAUCAGAGAGUUCUUUACUGCCGACCACAAGGACGUCUGCCAGGUCAUCUGCAACCUGUGUCACACUAGUGUCAGACAGAGAAAAGUGGAGGGGCCGUCCCAAACCACGGGCCUUGUCCGUCACUUGGCCAAUAAACACGGGCUGCGGUGGGAGAGGAGGCUGUCGGCAGUGAGCCAGCGGGGCGGGGUCAAGGCUGGAGGGGCGGUGGAGGCGCAGCAGAUGGGCCUGCCAGCAGGUGCUCCCAGCUCUAUGUCCGGGAGGUGCCCAGUGCCAAGAUGCCACCCAGCUGCUAUACCCUUGGGAGGCAGCAACAGGGCACUGGGGCUGGGCAGUCCUGAGCUGCCUUUCCUACCCCUGCCACCCUCACCUGCUCCCCCUGCAGCAGCUUGGGAUGGCCAGAGUGGCACAUAUGCCCCCAAUCAGCCCCGCGCCCAGGCCUGGAACCACAGCAUCACAGAGCUGCUCUGCAGCCUGGCCCUGCCGCUCUCCUUUGUUGCCUCCCAGCCCUUCAGGAGGUUCAUGGCCCAGGUGGACCCCUGCUACCACCUGCCCUCCCCAGCCUUCUUCUCCAACAAGGCCUUGCCCCUGCUCCAUGAGGCGGUGGGAGAGCAGGUGCUUCAAGAGAUGCAGUGGGCCGAGGGGGGCCGGGUUCACCUCACUGCCUCCAUGUUGGCCCAGGACUCAGUCGUGAAUUAUGUGGCCGUCACCGCACACUGGAGAGCCACACGGCUGGACCCUGCUGUGGCUUCAGGGAGCCUGAGGAAGCAAGCAGUCCUCUGGGUCCGGGGCCUGCCCCUAGAGAGGGCGGUAGAGGACAAGCAGCCGGAGCUGCUGGAGCAGAUCAGCCUCUGGCUGGGCCGCGGCUCCCUAAGAGCGGGGUUCCUUGUGUCGGGUGGCUGUCCUGGCCUGGAGCUGGCGGUGAAGGCUGAGGGUUACACCCAUAUCCCUUGUUUCGCCCACUGCCUUGACUCCCUGGUGAGCAACUUUCUGUAUCACCAUCAUAGCAUCCAGAUCAUCCUGGGCACAGCCAGGGCCAUCUGCAGCCAUUUCCAAGGUUCGGUGGAGGCCCGGCGGCUGCUCGGUCAGCUUCAGCUCCAGUGUGGCCUCCCAGCACAGCAGCCCUUUGAGGCACUCUCAGACCACUGGGUCUCAGCCUACUGCUUGAUGGCGUGGCUGGUGGAGCAGCAGCAGCCUCUGCAGCAGUAUGAGGAGAAGCACCAGCUCGGCAAGGAUGGUACCGCCCUGUCAGCCAUGUUCUGGAGCCUGACGGACAGUCUUGUCCAGCUCCUGCAGCCCUUCCAGAUGGUGGUCCAGGAAGCAAGCCGGGCAGAGGCUUCGCUAAGCCAGGUGCUACCCCAGCUGCGCUACCUGCACAUCUUCCUGGAUCAGGUUCACAGGCACUUCAAGGGACAGAGCGAUGGGCAGCUCAGUGCGGCCAUCAGAUUGGCCAAGAGCCUGGCCCUGCAGCUCUCCACAGACUCUCAGCUCAAUGAGCUGUUCCACCGUGAGGAGUUUGUGCUGGCGACCCUACUGGACCCCCGCUUCAAGGGCAAGAUCGAGGCCAUCCUGCCCGUGGGGGCAGACAUCGACCACUGGAGACAAGUGCUUGUGUACAAAGUGAAGGAGAUCAUGGUGUCUGAAUACUCUUUGCCGGCCUCUCGCUCCCUGCAGAGCCCCAGGAGUACACGGGGGAACACCGCCGGCAUGACCAAGAGCCUUCGGGCUGAGGGGAGGAGCCAGAAGGAGCCUCUGCAGAGAAGUAGCGGCCCCGGCUCUUUCCUCCUGGGCCAGAGGGAAAAGAGCUUGCUGGAACAGCUGGAGAGUGUGGGGCUGCUGGCGUCUGAGAGGAGCGGGGCCUCGCUGUCCACCGAGAACCACCAGGCUAGCGUCGUCGUCAGGAAGUACCUGCGGGAAAACGAGACGGUUGGUGCCCAGGAGGACCCCCUGGCUUACUGGGAGAAGAAACGUGGGGCCUGGCCAGCUCUAGCCAGACUGGCCACCAUCUAUCUGUCUUGUCCUGCCACGGGAGCCUUCUCCGAAAGGAUCUUUGCCUCCCUGAACAGCCCCACGAUGAAAGAACAAACAUCUCUCAAAGUAGAGACCAUCGAGCAUCUCCUCUUCUUGAAGACCAACCUGGAGAACUUCCCCACCUACACGCCCCCUCCCCUUGUCUUCUCCAGUGGCGACCUGGCCAGGGUGGAACAGAGCAUGUAGUCUGCAUGGUGUGCUGGGUGGGCAGGUGGCAUCCUUCUCUCAGGUCCCUGCAGUCUCAGGAGCUUAGCAGAGCACCUGAUGGACCCAUAGAGACCCUUCAGUAGACAAAAGGAGAGCUCAGAGUGUCACAUCCUAGGACCCCACAUGUGGACGGCCAGAAUCUUUCCUGUUUGGUAAGAAAGGGAACAGUUCUCUGUUCUUGACAGGUUGCCAGGUUUCGUGUUGUUUUUUUUUUUCUGGGUGCCAUCAUUUCCACAUGCCCAUUGAUUGAUUAUUUAUAUGUAGCAGUAUGUUCAGAGGCUGGCUAUGUUCAUAUGUGAUUAUGACUCGUACUGUAGGGUUUUAUACACUGAAUGUUCUACUAAAAUAGUGGGCAUUAAAGACUACGUACAGCUUGUCCAUGUGGAUGAAUGGCUGCAUGCUGUGAAGCAGUUCGCUUUCUCAAAAAGUGACCGGGGACAAGGGGAGACCUGUGCUGGUGCGUGGGACAGGUACUCAGCCCCUGGAGCCCCUGAAGCUCUUCCUGAAGCUUUCACUGUAGACAUAAAGAAAACUCAAGGUAGAGCAGCCAUUUUAAGAGGAAAUUGCACACAUGUGAACAACCCAGUCUUUUUGGAGACUCACAAAGUGGCCAGAGAACCCAUGAUGGAUGGAUGGAACUGACCAGCUAGCCAGGAGAGCUAGCUGUACUGACAGUUUGCAGACUACUGGAAACCUUGGGAUUUCUUUGCUUCUGCAGUGAAAUCCGUCUGAGAAAGCAUCCCAGGUUACCCAGCCUCUAGCUGGUAGAGUAUGCAUUCCACUUGCUGGCCUCUUGCUCCUCCUACUCUUUGGCUGCUUUUGAAGAGCAGAUCCUUCAUUUGGAAGCCAGGGUGGAUGUGCAUAGGUCUCUGAUCUGAAUUUGGAGCAUUUGAGCCCUAAUAAAAGAUUGCCCAGAGUUUCUUUUUUCUUUUUCUUUCUUUCUUUUUCUUUUUCUUUUUCUUUUUUUUUUUU